UUUACUUUAGCAUGAAGGUUAUUGCCAGGUAAGGUUUUUCGUUUCUUGAAUCAAGUUUUCAUUGAAGUACGUGACAUUACCGGACAUUAUCUAUGAACUUCGGCCGGUUGAGGUUUAAAUUCUGUUCAGAAGAAGAAAACGUUUCAUUGUGAGAAGAAAUGGCGGCAGACAGACACGACUGCGGCAGAGACUCGGACGGAUCCAUGGACGGAGGAGACUCGGGUAAAGUCAGCCCGCUGGGCGGCGAGGACGACUUCAAGGUGUCCUGCGCCAAAGAGAUGGCUCUGCUCGCCCUGAUGGAGAAGACGGGCUACAACAUGAUGCAGGAGAACGGACAGAGGAAGUACGGGGGGCCACCACCAGGUUGGGAGGGCCCGGCGCCCCCCCGGGGCUGCGAGGUGUUCGUGGGGAAGAUUCCCAGAGACAUGUACGAGGACGAGCUGGUGCCGCUGUUUGAGAGAGCCGGCCGCAUCUACGAGUUCAGGCUGAUGAUGGAGUUCAGCGGAGAGAACCGCGGCUACGCCUUCGUCAUGUACACCAACAGGGAGGCGGCGCAGAGAGCCAUUCAGAUGUUGGACAACUACGAGAUCCGCCCGGGGAAGUUCAUCGGCGUGUGCGUGAGCCUGGACAACUGCCGCCUCUUCAUCGGCUCCAUCCCCAAAGACAAGAGGAAGGACGAGAUCAUGGACGAGAUGACCAAGGUGACAGACGGGGUGGUAGAUGUCAUCGUGUAUCCCAGCUCCACCGAUAAGAGCAGGAACCGAGGCUUCGCCUUCGUCGAGUACGAAUCCCACAAGGCUGCAGCCAUGGCCCGGAGGAGACUAAUACCUGGAACCUUCCAGCUGUGGGGUCACUCUAUCCAGGUGGACUGGGCCGAGCCGGAGAAAGACGUGGACGAGGAGGUCAUGCAGCGCGUCAGAGUCCUUUACGUGCGUAACCUGAUGCUGAGCACCAGCGAGGAAACGCUGCGCCAGGAGUUCUCGCGCUUCAAACCGGGCUCGGUGGAGCGCGUCAAGAAGCUCACGGACUACGCCUUCGUCCACUACCGUUGCCGCGACGACGCCGUAACGGCGCUCAGCCUGAUGAACGGCGCGCAGAUCGACGGUGCCGCCCUGGAGGUGACGCUCGCCAAGCCGGCCGGGGUCAAAGAGGGCAGCGUGGCCGGGAGGCGGUACAACAGCCGGGGUUACCUAGGAAACAACAACAACAGCAGCAGCCACCAGGCCGUCGCUGGAGGGAACGGAGGAGGAGGAGGAGGAGGAGGAGGAGGAGGAGGAGGGAACGGGACGUUUCUCCUACACAGAAACGAUGGCGGGAUGAUGGCCGGAGACAUCUACUCCCCGAUGAGGACGCGCCUCGGAAGCCCCUUCUACACCGGAGCAGAGGACCCAGACCGGUGUGUGUUCCCGCUGUUUCCCGGGACGCCCCUGUCCCCGACCAGCCUGCUGUCUCUGAAGCAGAGCCAGAUCGCCUCGGCCGGCAGCCUGCUGGACUUCUACUGCCGCAAGAACUACUGGUCGCCCCCCGAGUACCACCUGUACUCCACGCCGGGCCAGGACGGGAAGCUGCUGCUCCUCUACAAGGUGGUGAUCCCGUCGACACGAAGCACCUACAUCCCAGACAAGCUGUGUGUGCUGCUGGACGACGCCAAAGAGCUCGCUGCACAGACCACCCUCUGGAACCUGGACUCCUCCUUCCUGAGCGCUGCUACCUGUGAUUCUCCGAGCAGUUCCUCUCCACCUCUCGCCAUCCCUCCCUCCUCCUCCUCCACCAGUCCCGGGCUGCUGACGUGCGGCGGCCGAACCUUCGCCUCCUGCAAAAACAAAGACCGGCGCUGUUUACAUUUGACAGUAAAAAGGGACAAAUGAAUGAAACUGAUACAAGAUGGCUUCUCUGGACCGUCUGUUAAAUG